AUCGGUUUCAAGCCAGUAUGCACUCGGUUGUCUCUUACAUUACAUCCUGGUUCAAAACUAAGAAAAAAACCGUCUCUCUCUCUCUCUCUCUCUGCCUUUGCCUUUGCUCUCCCACCAAGAAAAUAUCGAUCCCUUCCGUCUCUUAACAAACAAAUCAAAAACAAAUAUUUUUCUCCGUUUGAAUAUUCACUUCCGAAUGCAGACACACUGUCUAUGUUCCGAAUGCAGACGCACAGCUCUCUGAAUUGUUUUUUUGGACUUUUUAAUCGGGAUUAGAUUUGAUCAAGCUUUUAUUGCUUAACGGGAAUUAUACGUAAAUAGGAUCUGAAACUUCAGUCUAUAGAUUGGCUACUUGUUUCUGUAAUCUGGUUUCAUAGAUUUGCCCUAUUGGAUGUAAUCUAAAACAUCAAGUUUGCGAUUAGUCGGAGGCUCUCUGCGUUAUUCGUAAAUUCGCAGAGAUGUCGAGUUAUAUAGGUGUUCAUAUCUCUGAUCAAUGGCUUCAGAGUCAGUUCACACAGGUUGAACUUCGCAGCCUUAAAUCUAAAUUCAUUUCAUUAAAAAAUCAAAAUGGCAAAGUGACUGCCGCGGAAUUGCCCUCGUUGAUGGUCAAAUUAAAAGCUUUUAGUUCAGCCUUUAAUGAGGAGGAGAUUAAAGGGAUCUUGAGCGAGUCAUUCUCUGACCUAACCAGUGAAAUUGAUUUUGACGGGUUCCUCAAGGCAUAUCUCAAUUUGCAAGGUCGAGUUACUGCAAAAUCAGGGGAACCAAAGCAUGGUUCAUCGUUCCUCAAGGCCACAGUAACUACUCUUCUACAUACAGUUAAUGUAUCAGAAAAGGCGUCAUAUGUUGCUCACAUAAACAGCUAUCUUGGAGAUGACCCAUUUCUAAAGCAGUUUCUUCCCCUAGAUCCAUCUUCAAAUGCUCUAUUUGAUCUCGUGAGAGAUGGAGUCCUUCUAUGCAAGCUUAUCAAUGUUGCUGUGCCGGGCACAAUAGAUGAACGAGCUAUUAACACAAAACGGGUUCUUAAUACAUGGGAGAGAAAUGAAAAUCAUACACUUUGCCUCAACUCUGCCAAAGCAAUUGGCUGCACUGUAGUAAACAUCGGCUCUUCGGACAUGGUGGAAGGAAGGCCUCAUUUGGUGCUUGGAUUAAUUUCUCAAAUUAUAAAGAUUCAACUGUUGGCAGAUCUUAGCCUUAAGAAGACGCCUCAGCUUGUUGAACUAGUGGAGGAUAACAAUGAUGUUGAGGAACUUAUGGGAUUGGCUCCUGAAAAGCUUCUGUUGAAAUGGAUGAAUUUCAAUCUGAAGAAAGGAGGCUAUGAGAAACAAGUCACAAAUUAUUCAUCUGAUCUGAAGGACGGAAAGGCUUAUGCAUACCUGCUGAAUGUGCUUGCGCCAGAACACUGCAAUCCAGCUACAUUAGAUGCCAAGGACCUAACUGAAAGGGCUAAGCUUGUACUUGAUCAUGCAGAGAGGAUGAACUGUAAAAGCUAUUUAAGACCAGAAGAUAUAGUUGAAGGUUCACCAAAUCUGAAUCUUGCAUUCGUGGCACAGAUAUUUCAUCAUAGGAAUGGUCUUUCUACAGACAACAAAAAGAUAUCCUUCGCGGAGAGAAUGACAGAUGAUGUGCAAACAUCUAGAGAAGAAAGAUGCUUCCGACUGUGGAUCAACAGCCUUGGGAUUGCUACUUAUGUUAAUAAUGUAUUUGAAGAUGUUAGAAAUGGAUGGAUAUUUUUGGAAGUGCUUGACAAGGUUUCUCCCGGAUCAGUUAACUGGAAGCAGGCAUCAAAGCCGCCAAUAAAGAUGCCAUUUAGAAAAUUGGAGAACUGUAAUCAAGUUGUAAAGAUUGGAAGACAAUUGAAGUUAUCUCUUGUCAAUGUAGGGGGAAAUGAUAUUGUGCAAGGGAAUAAGAAGCUAAUUCUUGCUUUCUUAUGGCAGUUAAUGCGCAAUAAUAUGCUUCAACUGCUGAAGAACUUGAGAGCUCACUCUCAAGGGAAGGAAGUCACUGAUGCAGAUAUUUUAAAAUGGGCAAAUAGGAAGGUUCUAAGUAGUGGCAGAACUUCUCAAAUUGCGAACUUCAAGGAUAAGAGUCUGUCAACCGGGAUAUUCUUCCUUGAGCUUCUUAGUUCUGUGGAACCAAGGGUGGUCAAUUGGAACCUUGUUACCAAGGGUGAAACUGAUGAAGAAAAGAGAUUGAACGCUACAUAUAUAAUCAGCGUGGCAAGGAAACUUGGCUGUGCCAUUUUCUUGUUGCCCGAGGAUAUUAUGGAGGUUAACCAAAAGAUGAUUCUCACAUUAGCUGCAAGCAUAAUGUACUGGAAGCUGCAAAAGGCGGUAGAAGAGGGAGAAUCAUCUCCAUCGGGUGCUAAUGGGAGUACUCCUGAUGCAUCCCCGGCUCCAUCUAUUAGCGGGGAAGAUGAUACCUCUUCGGUUGGGGGUGAUGUUUCACAACUAAAUAUAGAUGAUGCUGCCUCUGAUACUACCGUCUCGUCACAUGUUGAAAAUGAAGAAGCUCCUAGUUUGGUGGAAGCAGAAGAGAAUAUACAUGUGUAGUUAGUUUGCUCAACAUGAAAGUAAAGAGUAGAAUUUUGGGAAAUUAAAUACAACUAUAUUCUGGCUUUCUGCGGUUGAAUUAACCAAAAGCUGGCAAUUUUUGUUGCAAUCUUGUCCUUUCAGAUACGUUAAAUUUGUUCAUUUGUCCAAGAUCUUGUUGGCCAUCAGUACUACAUUCUGAAACUCAAAUAUACUGAAGCAAUGACAGCUUGCAAAGCACUCAUCAUCUAUAUAAAUUCUGCACCUGUCCACUUGAA